AGAACACAAACUCCUCCAUAGGACCACUAUUUUUGUCCAUGGAGGAAGAAGGCAAGAAAAAAAACAUCUCGCCGUCAUCGUCGUCGCCGCCGUCGCCGUCAAUACACGUCUUGGCCGUGCCGUAUCCGAGCCAAGGCCAUGUCAACCCGAUGCUUCAAUUUUGCAAGCGCCUCGUCUCCAAAGGCGCAAAAUCGACCUUCAUUAUCACCAACUUCAUCCGCAAAACAUGGAACCCUAAACCCCAAUCCGUCGCCAUUGACGCCAUUUCCGACGGCUUCGACGACGGCGGUUUCAUGCACGCCGACGGCGUCGCAGACUACCUUGAAAAAAUGGAGGCCGCGGGGUCGCGAACCCUUAAAAAUCUCAUCGAGAGGUACAUAGCCUCGGGGAACGCCGUAGACUGCAUAGUCUACGACGCUUUUUUGCCAUGGGUGUUGGAUGUGGCCAAAGGGGUCGGCAUAAAAGGCGCCGCCUUUUUCACACAGGCGUGCGCCGUCAAUUAUAUUUAUUACUACGCGCACCACGGCUUGCUGAAGCCGCCGGUCACGACUCCUCCGGCGGUGGAGCUUCCGGGGCUGCCGCCGCUAGAGGCGGCGGACAUGCCGUCGUUUUUAUACGUGGAAGGAUCUUAUCCGGCCUAUUUUGAGAUGGUGCUGAGCCAGUUCAGGAAUGUGGAUAGGGCUGAUUUUGUGCUUGUCAAUUCCUUCUACAAGUUGGAACAAAAGGCAGUCGACUCAAUGACACAGCUAUGUCCCUUACUCACAAUCGGCCCUACUCUCCCCUCUUCCUACUUAGACAAACGCAUCCAAAACGACACCCGCUACGACAUCAACCUCUUCGAAUCCCACCCCUCAUCCUCCAUCUUCGACUGGCUCAGAUCCAUGCCCCCAAGCUCCGUCGUCUACGUCGCAUUCGGGAGCAUGGACAAGCUUCCCACCCCACAAAUGGCCGAGAUCGCCUGGGGCCUCGACCGCGCCGGGUACCCCUUCCUGUGGGUCGUCAGGGACCAGGACAAGCACGACAAGAUCCCCAACGACUUCAUCAAUAAAAACCAGAACAAGGGUUUGUUCGUGCACUGGAGCCCGCAGCUGGAGGUGCUGUCGGACAGGGCCAUCGGGUGCUUCUUCUCGCACGGCGGCUGGAACUCGACGACGGAGGCGCUCAGCACGGGCGUGCCGAUGGUGGUGAUGCCGCAGUGGACGGACCAGACGACGGACGCGAAGCUGGUGCAGGACUUGUGGGGGGUCGGGGUUAGGGUUAGGGUUAGGGAUGGGAUUGUCGGGAGGGAAGAGGUUGAGAGGUGUGUGAGGGAGGUUAUGGAGGGGGAGAAGGGGAAGGUUAUGAAGAUUAAUGGAGGGAAAUGGAAGGCCUUGGCUAAGGAGGCUGUCGAUCGUGGCGGCACUUCUGAUCUCAAUAUCGAUCAUUUUUUGUCCAACUUGAUCGAUUGAUCGAUUUUUGGGCAAUUUAUAUUGAAAUUCGAAUGAUUCUACCGUAAUUAUGAAUUACUUAUGUGCGUAAAUGUACCAAAAUGUCUAGGAAUAAUGCGUUUUUAUACUUUUGUUGUGAUCUGAUGUGCCUUGGUAUUUUUGAGAUUUUUUAGCUGUAAAGUUUUUCAAUCAUCAAUGUUUCGAAAGAAGAAUAAGAAAGGAAAAGAUUGAUGUUUAUUAUUCA